AAUGCGCGCUCCCGACACAGGGGGAACAGAUUUUCACAAGGGAACAGAAUUACGCACAAGACCUCUCUUGUAAAGCUUUGGUUGUAUAAUAUAUUCAAUUUCAUAUAGAUGGAUAAUCUGUUUGAAAGCUUCAAGGCAGCAUAAGGAAAGUUUUAGAGCAAGAAUUAACCGUUCUUUUAGUGUUUUAUAACCCUCCACUCAGAUACGGGGCGUUUCCCUAGCAGCACGUGAAGGCAGUUUAGUAUAAAUAGAGCUCAUUUCUGUUCUGCCAGGCGUUCGUAGCAAACAAUUACAUAGAGUAGGAUAGCGAAGAUGAAGGACAACAGCCUGCCCAGAAUCGUGGUGAUUCUCCUGUCUGCAGUGGUUUACGUCGCUGUUCUGGUCAUUAACGCCUUGGCUGGAGCGGGCAGAGGUCCCUUUCACUUCAGUACAGGUAAUGUGUCGGCUCGCUAUGAUACAGACAUCACUCCAGCUGGUUGGACCUUCUCCAUCUGGGGAGUUAUCUAUACAUGGCUCACCCUGAUGGUCAUUUACAUCACUUUAUAUGUUUUCAGAGGGUCUUGGGCUCAGUGUCUGCUACCCUAUGCCUUCUGUUUCUCCUGGCUGUCCAACAUGCUGCUGAACGUGACUUGGCUCAUGCUGUGGGACAAGGAGUUAAUGCUCGCAGCUUUGGUUGUGUUGAUCCUGAUGGCCUUUACCAACUACAGUGCCUUGUUCUUUGUUUGCUUUGCUACAGAUUACUAUGGUCUGUGGUUACAGUCAUACCAUAGUAAGGACCUGGCCUGCCUCAGAAUCCUGGUCCAGAACGGCUUGGCUGUUUACACCACAUGGAGUUCUAUUGCCUCUCUGCUCAAUUUCUCUGUGGUUCUCCAACUGUGGGGUGUUGACAAGAGCACAGCAGCAACCAUCUCUUUGUGCAUUCUUUUUGCAGAGUUGUUGGGAUGGUUUAUUCUGGAAAACUGGGUGCUGGACCGCUGGGUGCGCAACAUUCUGACAGUGUAUCCUGUGGUUAUCGUGGCUCUGGUUGGAAUCAUCUAUAGGCAUUUUAACCUGGCUGACCCCACUCCAAACACUGUUUUUAUGGUGGUACAAUUGGUGGUAGCCUGCAUCCUGUUUGUUUCCCGAGUCUGCUCAGUGAUCUGGAGGAACAAGUGGCAGCCUCUACACUCACCCGGUUCAACCCGACUAAUUGUGUCCCCACUUGAUGGCCACAAGUUUGGGAUCUUUAACUAAGGAAACUCUUUUUCAAACAAUCUACUUAACCUGUUUACACAUGAUAAUGCCUUUAUCGGAGAUUAAAUGGACUUUUGCUUGACUUAUUUCUUUAUAAACUGCUCUUCUUUAGCUCCUGUUAAACAUUAAACUUCGUUUCUGAGUAGAAAUGUCUGAAAUCUUAAUCAUUACUAUAACCGUAAUUACUCUUCCAACAUUUUACUACAUGUAUCACUUUAUAAUGGUUUUAAAGGCAUUUAUAUAAUUUGAUCCAAAUUAUUUUACACAUAAGAGCAUUUUAUGUAUUACACUUCUAAUGUUUUUGUGUUCAUGUUUUGUAUGGGUUUUAAGGUUGAUUUCUAUUGUACAGCACUUUGCGAUUUGAAAGGCGCUUUAUAAACUUUACCUUUUCAGCCCUUUUU